ACUGCUAGUGGGAGCGCCAAACUAUUACAAGCCUGAAACAGAAGGCAUGGUCUAUGUGUACCACUUGGGAGAGGCUGCCAUCGCUACACUUCUUUUCAACGUGAGUGGAGAAACUGGGUUUCAGUCGGCCCGUUUGAGGACGGACUGAUGGACAUCGCCAUUGGUGCCCCGCUAGAAGAUGACAACAGAGGCAGUGUGUACAUUUUCCAUGGUUCAGCGACUGGGAUGAACUCCCGGUACUCACAGCGAAUCGAGGGACGUUUUCUGUCCCCGGACCUACAGUUCUUUGGACAGUCGAUUCACGGAGCAAUGGACAUAAAUGGAGACGCACUCACUGAUAUUGCAGUGGGAUCCCUCGGCACAGUCGUCUUGCUUAGUUCCAGGCCAGUCUUGAAUGUCACGGCUAAAAUCAGCUUUGACUGCCUCUCCAAAGGCAAGGAGGAAUCUGUGGGGAAUGUGACUGUUUGCUUCAGGGUGUGUCGAGCAAACGGAAGGAAUUCAGACAAUGCUAUCAAUAUCUCCUACUGGCUGGAGCUGGACAGUUUUCGUCUGCGCAGCAGAGCUUUCUUUGGGAACAACAAAAGGCUGCUACUUGAAGUGACAGAGAUGUCUGUAGGAGAACACUGUUUUCCAUAUGAUGUCCAGAUGCCAAAAUGUGUGGAGGACACUUACUCACCUGUCAAAAUUAAGUUGAACUUCACUCAGAAUGAACUUCUCAACACGGAUGGUCGUCUGACAGCGAUCCUGAAUCAAGCAAGUGAGACCACAGUGCUAAGCGAGAUUCUAUUUGAGAAUAGGUGUGGAAAGAACAUCAAUUGCAUUGCAGACUUGCAGCUGAGUGCCAGCUUCUCCAAUGUGCGCUCUCUGAUUGUGGGGGCUCAGCAUCGCCUGAAUGUGACAGUCCUGCUGGAGAACGUUGGUGAUGAUUCCUACAACACCACCCUCUCCUUCUUCUACCCCCCGGCGCUGUCCUUCGCUAAGAAUGAGCUAAUCCAGUUCAACAGGAAAGCAAAUGCUAACUGCCAUGAUGGGAGAAACAUUGAAACCAUUGGGGAGACCAUAUGCAAAGUCAGCCCCCAAGUUUUCCCUGGUAAGACAAUGGCCGUGUACCUCAACAUGUUUGACAUCAACUUUGACAGCGCAUGGAAUGAAAUGAUAGAAAUGAACAUCCGCGUCACAAGUGACAACAGGAACGCGUCUGCUGGAAACACGUCUGUGACGAUAAGCCUUCCCAUUCAGUUUGCUAUCAACGUGAUGAUCAGGGGUGAAGACUCUACCACGCUCAUGAAGUCCUUCACAAAUAUGCAGGAGAAGAUGAUUCUCACCCACAAGUAUCAGGUGAAGAACAUCGGGCAAUAUGCGCUUCCCGUCAACAUCACCUUCUACCUGCCAGCUGAGUUAGAUGAGACCUUCACAUGGAACUCGGGCGAGCCUUUCACGAAGAAUGCAAACUGUUCCCCAAAGAAAGUCGAGAAGAAAACAGAUGAGAUGAAACAGGAAUGUCCUGCAGCCCGAUGUAUCGUGUACCACUGCGAAAUCAAAUCUCUCAACCAAUCAACACCUGUCUACUUCACGUUUGAAGGGGAGGCGUAUUUUAAAAUGUCAGCGCACCCAAAGAAACUGGGCUUUUCAUCUGAGACCAAGAAUGUGAAGGUUCAGAGCAAGGCCUAUCUCACGUAUGACCAGAGCCUCUAUGUUCAGAUUGGCACGGAGGAUUCCAAAAGACUGGGUCGGUACCACAUUGCUGAGAUCUCGACGCAUGUAAACCUGACCAUUGAGCCGAACCUGAUUUUUGUUUAUGGUGUGGGAGUUGGUUGCGGUCUUCUGUUUCUAUUACUUCUCAUCGUUGUUUUCUAUAAGUGUGGCUUUUUCAAGCGUAAGAAAUUUGAUGAACAUGAGCAAAGAGAUAAUAUGGAUUGUGAAGAAGAAUCAGACCAACAAAGCUCCUUGCACUUUGAGAAUAUAGAAAUGACUGAAAACAAUCCAUUCAAUGGUGAAUAGUUGACAGCUACAACAAUAGGAGGGGAAACGGGGCUUGGCUGGAGGAGACUGGCUGGUGGUUCUGCAAGAAGGACUCUGGCCUACACUGGAGAUUAAACCAGUUGUAUUCUUUGGACACAACCACUUCAAAUGGCAAUCGAAUUGUGUGAACUAUCAGACUAGAGCGGACACUAGUGGAUCUCAGAGUCUGGCCAGAAAAUGAAUGACUCUUCCACAUUGUCCAGCUAGAUGGCUUCUGAAUUUCAUAACCAUUACCAGAUAAAGUUCUUCAACUGGGAAUUUCUACACAUCUGAGGAAAAUUUAAUUCAUGUGAAUAAUUCUCAUGACUAAUAUGCAGACCAAUGGUUAUUUUUCAUUUAUCUGUUUUAAAAUCGAUAAAAAAAAUGUUGUUUAGUUGCAUGGACUAUGAAGGUGCAUGUUGUAUUCAAGCUCUUCAAUGCAAAAAAAUUGGUGUCACAAUCAGGCACGCAGAGCUGUACGUUAAGGGUACACAAAUCGGUGGCCUGUCCCUCCAUUUAUUGUUCUGAAGCUAAACUUGAGAAGUCAAAGUUAUUAGCAGUUGUGGAGCAAUAGCCAUAAUUACUACAAAUGUAAAUGUAUGCCGCACUUAUCAAGUGGUUUUAUUUGACUGCUGUCUCUUUCGUGAUUUCCACGGGACUGACGUGAACGUACAUUUGUGAGUCAAGGAAACCUUAAUCAGUGAAUGACUUUUCUACAUCACCGCUGUUACAAAGUCGUUUGAAGUUUUGCUGUCAUAAAGGAGAAAAACAAAGAUGGCCAAACUACAACAUGGCUAUUAGAGACACUCUGGCUACUCGUAUAAUUAUCUAAUAUUCCAGCUCUCGUGAGAUGUUCUUAACAAGAUAACGCUACAGACGGCAGGCCAAAGGGCAAUUUGGUGUACAAAUCUUUUGAAUGAAUUAUUUUCUGUGACAUCUGGCAUCUCAGUUGAUAAUAACCAUUUGGGCAGAAGUUAAUAUAGUCAUGCUAAUAACACAGGAACAUCGAUUUACUUUAAAUUACUCUCUUAUUGGUGUUUGAGCAUUGCUUUUAACAGCAUUUAAUAAAAAGUUUCAUAAUCACUCCAAUAUUUUAGGGAAAGUAUUCUUAAAGGUAAUGUCAAAAAAUAAAAUGAACACGUGUUAGAUGGCCUGUGUUCUAAAGUAUUCCUAGAUUUUAUAAAACCGUUAUUGACAAUUCAGUCCACCUUGAAAAAAAUCAUAACCACUCCAGAGAUAUAAUGACAAAAAAUAAAGGAAAUACACCAUUAAGAAAUGUCUGGGGAUGUUAAGGCAAAUGCAUUUUUAGUGAAAUCGGAAAUACACUUCUCUGAAAGAUCUGAUUAGUUUAUGCUUUGUUCUUUGACUCUCUUUUUUUUUUAAAGAAACAUACAAUCCUGCCGACUACACUUUUUUUUUUUCCUAAACAGACCCUAACGGAUUAAUUUCUCCUGUUUUAGUCUGGGUUAAGUAGUGUUUUCAUAUUUUUGGAAUUUAAAUAUGCUUAUUUAUGUUAAUGUUAUGGCAGUUACGUCAUCAUAGUGAAAUUUUCUAUUCUGUGUUUUGGCUGGUCGGCACCAUUUUGAUUUGGCCGAUAUUAUUCGUGGUUUUCUAAGCCUGUCACAGGAUUCAUGUGAUAAUGUCAGUCAUGACUCUUGUCCCGACAGUAAAAGCUUCUGGUGUUCUAGAAUCAGAUCUUUAUUGAAACAAACAUUCAUUUGAAGAAUUAGUAAGGGACUGCAGUCAUCAGGUUAGUGUGGGGACUUUUUAUUUCAUUUUGUUUAUUCGUUGGCUCUUGUGAACUUUUCAAACAUUUGAUUUUGAUUUAUUAGACUAUUAUUUUGUACGCCACCUUUUCAUCUGUCCAUCUUUUGGCACCCAAAAUUCUCCAGAGUGUCUGUACGAGUCCUUUGAGUGUUCUACUGCUUAUUUUUGGGCUAAAGAGGAAAUUUCACACAAACAUUAAAGUUUUUCUUGACACAGAGAAGCUCAGACACUUAGGAUACGUGACCAGUAGUGUGGUAGGCAGGAGGACCUUAGGGACCUUCAAAACUCCACUUGAUGUUAUCUUAGAAGAAUUAAGUGGACAGGAACGGCGAGCUUUGGUGGGCUGAAGGGCCUGUUCUUGUCUCGAUUGUUUUAAUGUUCUAAUUCAGCAGGGAAAGUUUACUUUUCUAUAAGCUACGUGACGCAUGUAAAUACUGCGUGUUAGGAUAUGGAAGACCAAAUGGAAUGUGCAACAACAUAAACAUAUCUGAAAGGCUUUGGUUUUUUUUAAUAAUCUGAAUGCUUGUAGUGUUUUAUGUACUUUUAAAGAUCAAAUUGAAAACUUAUGGGAAGCUGAAAGGGGAACUAAAGGUGCAGAGACCUCAAAAUAAGAGUUCUACAAAUUAUGUUUUUUUUAUAGUAACAAGUAGUUUAUUUUUUAUUAUGUAAUAUCAAACAAACUGAAUUAUUCCCAUCUGAAAUUGUCACCAUAGACCUGCGCAGUGUGAACGUUUUAUAAACCUUGAGAUGUUCUUUAUUGAGUCCCAAAGCUUACAUUGCAGUAUGUCACAGAGUUUAACGGAAACCCACCAGGACUUAACAAUUUUCAACAGUCACUUGCUUUCCUCUAAAAAUAAAGUAUAUUCUUUUAAGCUUUGCAACUAAAUGUAAAAAUGUUUAUUGUACAAUGCAUACAUUUUGUAGAUGUGGUCUGAAUUUGGGGUACCAAUGGAUGUUUACUGCUGUACUGGGGGGUUUAUUUACUGUAGUUAUGAUCGAUGUGACAUUUUGCACCCAUUUUUACUACUUUUUAAAAUUUUCUGUUCAUUUUUUAUCAUGACAUUUAUUUAUUUGUAUACCGUAAUGUUGCUUGUAAUGUAUUCUACCAUUACGUGGCUUGGCAGCCAUACGGCUGUGGAUCAUCGCAUCAUCACAGCAUUUAAGAUGGUGAUACGCUUCUCCCAGCAUCCAAGAUUUUGGAUUUUGCUGCUGAAUUGUAAGUUUAGGCACAAACGUGUUUUCUAUGGGUCCAUAAAUACAUAAAUGUGUUUCCGCUAAAGUCUUCUUUCAGGUUCUGAGGCUGGCGUGUCUUCUUAGGUCUCACGUUCUCGUGUCUUCAG